GUUGCAUGAUUAUUUGAACGAGAGAACUUCUGUCGACACAGACCCACACACACACACACACACACAAACAAAACUGUGUCAAAUUGCUAAUUAAUUGUUAAACAUUGAUUAUUAUUAUUUUACUGAAUGCAUAAACAGUAAUGAUCAAAAGCAUCAUUAGUUAUUGAAACUCCUAUAUGAUCCAAUAUAUGUCAUAGUGACAAAGUGAACAUGCAAAAGAACAAAAAAAUAAUAAUCACUAGUGAAAUCAAUGUAAUAAUUGUAUUUCUUUUACAGUUUAUAUCAGAUGGGCUGCUCAUUUAGACUUCUUUAGAUACGUGAACAAUGCUCUGAAGGUAUCUACGACUGAAUGCUAGAAACUUAUGGAUAAUCCUUACAUUUAAAUAACACAUUUUAUAUUCACAAUGUAGAACAGAAUGAAUUACUGAGUAGGUUUACCGUAUUUCUACUGAUCCCCUCCAAUAAUAACAUUGGAAUUAAUAUAUCAACUGAGAGCUGUUAAUCCACUUAUUGAGAAAAAUGUAUAUUUUUCUGUGUCUUUUCUUUGUAGUUUCUGCUAUCAAAUGUCGUGUUUGUUUACCAUGUGAAGACAAAUACAAAAAAUUAUUCCAAAUUACAAAAGACGAAAUUUUAGAUAACUGUGGAGUUUGUAUUACAGCUUACUCAACCUUCCAAGGUUAUCAAAUGGAAGGUCGAGGUUGUUUACUUAAAUGUCCACCUAGAGAUGUCAUCAAUGAGCUUACUCCAGGACUUGUUAACAAGUAUAACUGUUGUUAUUAUGAUUUAUGCAAUAGAACAAACAAAUUAUUUGUACAGUACAAAUUAAUUAUUCUGAUUUCAUGUUUACUCAAUUCAUUAUUUAUUAUUGUGAAUAGAUUUAGUGUUUGUUAAAUGUAAAUACAUGUCAGCAUUCACCAAGACAUAUUCUUAUCAUAUAUUUACGAGUGUUGUUU